AUGGAUAUAACAGUUGUGAUCAAUGUGGUUUACAAUACGUCAAACCUCUAUACACCUACGAUUUUCAUGGCCUUGAAUUUUGGAAGUGGAGAAGAAGACGGAGAGGAGUCGUUUGAUGACUCUGAUGCCAGGCGGAAGCUAGAGGAAUAUCAAGGAAGUACAGCAGCGGCAGCAUCCGCCAACAGAGACCGUGGAAACAACAGAGACGGGCCCAGCGACAGCGACGAUAACGGUGCACCCCAGGAUGAGCAGCGGCAGGCCGUGGAGGCUGCGGCUGAAGCAGCUGCUGCAGCAGGAAUAUCUGGGUAUUUGCAAAACGGACAGAUCGCCAAUGGUCAAGAUGACAACGAAGUUAUUCUGGAUGACCUUCCUACCAAACUUACUGGAUUAACGGAGGCAGACUUGCAGGCUCGAAUUGCAGAAGAGCAAAGCCGGACAGAAGGAUCCUCAGGUGUCCUCGCUCAUCUAGACGGAUUUCCAGAACUUGCUGGUGAUCCUGAGGCCCUUCGCGAGCCAGAGUCAUCCGAGAGACCGCUGAACGGUUUGCAUGGUGAUCCAGAUAAAUGAACUACACUACAAAAUCUCCCUCGACUUCAAAAUCUUUUUAAAAUGUUUAAAGCCAAAGCACUGGUUAUUUUGACGGUGUACGCCAUAGUGAAUUCGAUCUUUUUUCUCUUUGCAUGGUGUUUUCUGGUGUGUUCACUGGAGAAAGACUCGAGCAGUUCUAGGCUUAUGUGUGGCGUUCUGCAAACACGAAAGUACUCCAGCAUAGUUUGCUGGUUCCAUUUUGGUAGAAAAAUAUUUGCUAACUGGCAGGAAAUUACUAGUUGCGUAAAGCCCAUGCACGUCACUCGAGGUAUGUUUAAGCAUGUUUCCAAGCCAGAUAAGGGUUUUAUUGCAGCAGAACCUUGGCGAAUACCACGGUUAAAUGUCGGAGGCUUUUGAUAAGAUUAGUUUAUACCGACAGCAAAAGGAAGGACGAAUGUAUGAGAUAUUUGUUGGGUAUUUCCAUUUUAGUGAAUGGCAACAUCUCUUACGUUUGCCCACACGAAAGUCCCUGCUAUCGCUUAAUUUAAUUUAAACGUCAUUCUAGUCUUCCGUAUUGAUAAUAUAUUAUGUUAUAUAUAUAUUGUAAGACCCUGACUUACUCGACUGGAAAAUCCAACUUUUUACGCCGUGCAUGAUAAGCGACGAUAUUACCCUAUGCAUCCCUCAAUCAAGUUGAUCCAGUUUUUUUUUUUUUUUUUUUU